AGCCUGGCCACGCAAACAGUGAAACACAGAUAGAGUGAGGUACAAUUAUCUUGUAUAACACUUCAUCUUCUCGUUCCCAUAAGGAAUUUGAGCAGGUAUUUUGGAAAUAACAUGACACCCAUUUUGACCUAUGGGAUAAUAUCAUUGCUUUUCUUCAACUGUCAGGCAAAUGACUUGUUUGUACAGAAAUCAGCUGCUACACAGUUCCUACCUCGAUUUCGUAGAGCUAACUGGUGGAGAUUGUCUGAAAUUUUGUCCGGGAAUCUGGAAAAGGAAUGCUGUGAAGAGACCUGUUCCAAAGAAGAGGCUCGGGAGGUUUUUGAAAAUGACAAAAUCACUGAAAUAUUCUGGCACUUUUACAGUCAUGGAAAUAAUUCACAUCUCCUAUACCUUCUGGAAAAUGCAUCAAAAAUUGUUGAAGAGCAAAUGAAAAUUUAUGAACUUAAAAAGGAGCUCACUGAAAAAAAACAAGAAAUCCAUGACUUACAAGAUCAACUCGUAGCAAAAUUAGAAAGUUGUGUUGAUGAUAAGUAAUAGGAAAGACAUUUUAUUUUCCCUGUUACAUUCUGCUAAGGCAGAAUCAAACUUAAAUUUAUGUUAAAAUUGUAGUGAAUCGCUUUUUGAUCAAUAAAAUUGAGGUAUGAAUGAUAAACGUUAUAAAUACAUUGUAUUUAGGCCUGUUUCAUUUGUCUUUUCACCUGUACCUUCAGAUACUAUUGUAAUUUGAAUUUAAUAUUUAAGCUAUAA